GAGCCCGGCUAAGCCUGAAGCAGCUGUGGGGAGGGUCCCAGCUGAUAGAGGGAGCUGGUAAAGCCCCCGCCCCCCUCUACCCCCGCGGGUCAGCUGCGAGCACACAGUUAGGGGGGCGCAGCCUUGAGUGCUGGACAGCGGGGGAGGAGGGCUCUGCUCUGGCUUGAGAGCCUGCCCUCCAGCUCCAGCCUUUGAAGGGAGCACCCGGUGCGGAGCGGGGAAGGAGACCUCUAGUCUUAUGGACCAGGGCUGCUCCCUGCGAGCCUCCAGCCCCCAGUGAAGUGUGCCCCCAAUACACGUCCCCAGGCUCGGCUGUGGCCCUAGGUCACCAUGGAGGUGCUGGAAAGUGGGGAUCAGAGCCUGUUCCACUUGGACCGCAAGCUGAGCGAGCUGUCAGAGCCUGUGGACUCCGAAGUCCUGCUGUACAACACGCACUUCACAGAGUUCCUGGAUGAGUUUUCACAGGAUGUCCUAGGCCACCUUUUGAAUGACCCCUUCUUGUCUGAGAAAAAUGAGAUGAUGGAGGUGGAGCUCUCCCCGGCUUCCCCAGCUCCUCUCAUCCAGGCAGAACACAGUUACUCCUUGUGUGGAGACUCUCGCCCCCAGUCACCCCUGACCCACAUAUCAACUGAUGACAACUUCAAUGAAGCUGAUCUGGAAAAUGAGGAAUGGUGUCUGAGUGCAGAGUUGACUUCAUCAUCCAUAAAGACUGAACCGGUAUUGUGUGAGGCCUCAGGCCUUACACCUUCAGUCAGCCUCAAUGUCACACCCACGUUGCUGGAAGGUGAAGAUGACCAGACAGAUGACACGAGUAAACCAUUGAGCCAGAAAGUUCUUCCAGAGAUUAAACUGGAGCCACAUGAAGUGGAUCAAUUCCUGAACCUCUCUUCUAAGGAAGCAGUGAAUUUGCACUUGCCUCCAACCCCUCCCAGCAGCCAUGGCAGUGACUCUGAGGGUGGGCAGAGCCCAACCAGAUCCCUUCCUCCAUCAAGCCCAAUCCAACUACAAGCCACAGCUAAAGUGACCUCACGUGCGGCUUCAUCCCUCUCCAAUUCCCCCCUCCUGACAGCACCACAUAAACUUCAGGGGACAGGUCCACUGAUCUUGACAGAGGAGGAGAAGAGGACUCUGAUAGCAGAGGGGUAUCCUAUCCCUACAAAGCUACCCUUGACAAAAGCAGAGGAAAAAGCACUGAAGAAAAUCCGCAGGAAAAUAAAAAACAAGAUUUCUGCCCAGGAAAGUAGAAGAAAGAAGAAAGAAUACAUGGACAGCCUGGAAAAAAAGGUUGAGUCCUGUUCCAAUGAAAACAGUGAGCUGCGUAAGAAAGUGGAAGUCCUAGAGAACACAAACAGGACACUCCUGCAGCAGUUGCAGAGACUUCAAGCCAUGGUUGCUGGCAAAGUGUCUCGAUCUUGUAAAGUAGCCAGCACACAGACGGGGACCUGUCUCAUGGUGGUGGUGCUGUGUUUUGCAGUCAUUUUUGGCAGCUUCUCCCAGAGUUAUGGACCUUAUCCCUCUGCCACAAAGAUGGUGCUGCCAAGCCAGCAUUCCACUCCAGAGUCGUACACAGCCUCCAUUGUACGAUCAAGGAGUCUGCUAAUUUACGAAGAGCCCCACCAGUUGGAGGAGCAUUCCAAUCCGGUUCCUGCAGCAGAUCACAGCAGUGUCUGGGACAGGCACACAGAUGCUUCCAAGUACAUGGCAGUGUCACUGGAAUCAGUGCCAGGGACACAGCAAGAUGAAAUCAUGCAGUUCACAAUAGCCAACGAAACGAGAUUAGAGAAAUCAGUGCUGCUGGAGCUUCAGCAGCACAGGGUCAGUUCAGAACUUGAGGCAAAUGAAACACUGAAAAUAAUUGAAAUUGACAGAAGAGUCAAUGCCACCUCUUAAAAGAGGCCUUUUUUCCUGCUUCCUGCCCCGUCUUUCCAACCAAAGUACCCCAACUUGUCACCCUCAGUGAACCAAAGGGCAAAAGAGAGGCAGUCUGCUGACUUCUGAACUGGCUGGAGUUGCUGCAACUUCAGUCAGCAACCAUUGUCCUUAUUCCUCCACUUCUCCCCUCCCUUUUCCUCCCCAACACCACACACACAUCUGUUUUUGCUUUUAUUCCUCUCCCUGACUAAGAACGCAAGGGGAAGGACUGGAUUGUAAGGGCAGCUGGUGUCAAUAAUGUACAGGUGUUUGGUUUGUGUGUGCGCUAGUCAAGAGGGUGGAGAUAUUGAAUAGGGGAGUAGAACAAAUAUAACCCACAGGGAUGUGUGGGUGGUAGGUCACUUGGGAGAAGGAAGAUGAGAGAAAUAAGUGGGCAUAAGAUGACACUGCUCCGAAUUUGGCUGCAGCUCUGUGCCCACCAGUCAGUAGCAGUUGAGCUUUAUGGGGGAGAAGGAGUAGAGAGAUGCCACAGUCCCCGUCUGAAGGCAGGAAAUAUUGAUGCUUUUGACUUAACAGCACAGACAGGAAAAGCUGGUAUGUUGGCCAUGAGGAUUUCCCUGCCUCUUUUUCUGUUCUCCGUCUCCCCUGUAUCACUUGGUGGAUAAGGUUUCUCUACUGGUGCCAUCCUUUUGAAGGAUCCAAGUAAAGAUCAGUUAGUUAGUUCCUGUACCUUUUCUGCCCCUGACUACAUGAAAGAAUUGCACCACUUUAACACAGUUGUUUGAGAAAGUGAUCUGUGCAACCCCUUCAUGUGGAUGCUUUUAAGUCUGUUUAAGACUAGCAUAUUUUUAUCAGUUUGCCUCACUUGAUGGAAGCUGAAUCGCUGUGAGGCUUUCUUAAAAUGAGACAUGAUGGAGUUGCAAAGAUUUAAGUAAAUUGUUUUUUAAAUGCAUUAAGAUGUACCAAUUACACUUUCUCAUGUAGGCAAAGCCUCAAAUUGCUCCAUAUUCUUCCUUUUUCCCUAUUUUCCCAGUACUGUUGUAAAUAGUAUUUAUUAGCUUUCCAACACUUUCUCUGGCAGCCAGGCUGAAGAGAGCCAAGCUCUACAACCUCUAUGAAUGCCUUUGAACAUAAGAAUGCAAAAUUACUGCUGUUGUAGUUUUCUUGAAAUAAUGAUUAGGAAGUACUGAGACUCUAUUUUCCCUCCUUCCCUUCUGUGGGGGUGCAUGAACAUACAGCAGCCAGGUAGAGCAAAGACCAGGGUUAUGUCAUCCCACUGCAAUAGAAUUUGGGUCAGAACAGGCCUAUUAUGCUAGGCACAGUACAACCCAUAAUGUGAGACGGACCUUGUCCUGAGGAGCUUAGUCUAUGUAGACAAGAUAGGGAAAGGAGAGGGCAGAAAUGGAGGGGAAGUGAUUGGCCCAAAGUCAGUGGCAGCUGCAGUGAUAGCAGUCAAAUCUCCUGACUCCCAAUCUCGUGCCUCUCCACUCGACUGUCUUGAUUCUAAAGCACCUAUAUUGUUCCCUUUAACAUGCACUGCCUAGACUGGUCAAUCCUCUCUCAAUGCUAGUUUUGCUUUUGUUUGGGGUUUCCUUUUCACCCUCGUUCAUCCUUUCAGAAACAGCCAGCUCUCCCAGUGAUUGCUGCUGGGGUUUACUUUACACAGACAUGCUAAGUGUGGUGGGUUUGAUCUAAAACUCCGAAUGGAACAGGUUAUUUUGGCUACUUUGCAGUUGACCAACAAGAUAUAACUAAAAACAUUAAAAACAAAACGACCCCCCCCCCUUUUCCAGUAUGAAUAAGGGAAACCUAGAUUAGCUUUAUUUUUUUAAUGUGUAUGGUAAAUAUUUCUAAUUUGUAAAAUUUUUCCAGACCCCCCCGCCUUGUUUUUGUAUUAUAGCUGCAAUGCUGCCUCCUUUGCAUUUCUUAGGUAUUUGUCUUCUCUUUGCUAUCGCAUCUUUUCCCCGUGGGCCUGAUCCAAAGCCCAUUAAAGUUAAAGGAAAGAAUCCUGUUGACUUAGGCUCCAUCUCAGUCCCCACUGUGCCAUGUUCAGACAUGUUUCAAAUGGGUGAGUAUGGAACAUACAUCCUAGUUCCGUUGCUAGAUAUUGGGAUUUGUGUAUGCAGUUGAUGCAUAUAGCUUUCUCAGUUAAACCCCAGUUUCAUCUGUACAGGUGCCUUUCUUCACUUUGGUGUUAACGAGACACAAAUACUGUUGUAAUCAACUACUAAGUAGGUUCCUUCUGGUCAUUGUUGGUCAGUGUUGCUUCUGAGGCAUAUCUACUCUUUAUUAAGGGCUGGCUGGGACAGCCAUGAUCAUUCAGUUGGGCUUUCUAGGCAGGUCUAAUAUCCACAAGCAACCAAUGCACAGCUGCCCUUUCUGGAACUGUGGUUUAAGGUACCAGCAUUAAAAGGAGAGAAGAAAUAGUAGUGUAAGUGGGGGGCAUGAAUGAGACCCAAAUGGUGGCUGCAUUUUGACCACCUGAGGUCAGCAAAGUGAAGGAAAAAAACCUUUGUCAGAGACUGACUGCAUUGGAUGUAGGACACCCAAGGACAACUGGGAAGGCAUGAGUCAGUCAUUUGAGAAUUCACAGAGGUUCUGGUUUCCAGAGCCCUGUUCCUGCCCCAGCUCUGCUUGGCUUUGAGUGAAAAUAUGACUGCUUAGUGUUUUGGCAAACUGGGCCCUAAAUUCUUGAUUGUCUUUGGGAUUAUUUUGCAAAUCUGUUUCUCUUGUGAAAUGUGGAGCAGCAGGUGGAGGCUGAUUUAUCUAAUCUCUCUAGUGCCCAUUACUCUACUUAAUGAACAAGUUAGCUGCCAUUAAAGGGAUGCUGCUAACAGUUUAUCUAGCUAUCUAGCUAUCUAUCUAUCUAUCUAUCUGAAUUCAUUCUUAUUUUUAAAAACACUUAUGAUUAUUAAGACAAUUUCACAAAAACUUGUUCUAAUCAUCAUUAAAGCUGUUUGUUUCCUCUUUGCAAUUCUCUCAGAUUGGGCAUACUAAUCUAAUUUUGAGGGGUGUGACAUCUUUAUUUGAUAUUGGCCUCUGUCUGAGUCGGGCUACAGGAUUAGAUUGCCUGAUCUAUCAGGGAAGUGCUUGCAUUCCUAUGAUAAAGUAGCAGUUCUCUUCCCAUACCCUCUGCACCUCAACCUUGCCUACUGUAAAGCCCCAUGCCUCAAACAUGCCCCUCUUCCCCAGAGACAGUUGAAGCCAUACCCUGUAUCCAGCAUGGGGACAAAAGUGAGAAAACGCAUUCCACAGCUUUGUUGUUGGCUCAACAAUUCAUGAGUGACCUCUAUCUGAAUUCUGGUUCAGUAUAACAGCACAUUAAUAGGAAUUCUUUACAUGUUGGGUUUGGUAUGCAGUAAGCAGGAAGAUCCAGGAUGCAGGUAGCUUUAAGAACUUGGCUGUAUUACAUGCUAUCUUAUCUCUCUGCCAAUAUACAUUAUAGCAAUUGAUAGUCUUUUGGGUGAAAUCUAUUCCCCCUCCCCCCCUACCCACCCCUGCACAAGAUGAGCUGAAGUCUUAUUUAUACAGCACUUAAAUCUCUACAGACUGUUUAAGUCUCUAUGGAAUGCUUAAGUUUUGCUUCAACCCAGAGGACUGAAGUGGUCCCCACUGGCUUACGCUGUUUUAUAUAGCCCUUGUGCUGACUCAAAGCUGUCUACAUGGAACCCUCUGUAUUAAACCAGAUUUUUAUAUACCAAUAAACUUAGCUUUUCUCUUAUGGCUUUCAAAUGUUUCCAGAGCUGUCACAUCUUUAAAUCUAGGUAGUCAAGCUAUGAAGGAAUGUAGGGCAUUACUAUAUAUAUAAAAUGGAAAUAAGCACAAUAAUGGAAAUAAGCACGAAGCAUGUGACUGUUCCAAUCCUAUUACUAUUAUGUAGAUAGUAGGAGGUUUUUUGCUAUUUAUAGUUCUCUGCUAUAAGAUUUACUUUCACCCAUAUUUUUUUUAUCAUACAGGCUAUGCUAAGAUUUGAAUAUGCUAAGAUUUUACAUGGUAUCAGAUAGUAUAGCAUAGCUUUUGUGUACAUCAUUGACAUAUGGCUCUGAUUUGCUGAUGCUGGGUGUCUGGGCCUGUAUCUUUUAUCGGCACAAAUUAUUAGCAUACUACAAGUCUUUUCUUAAUUUUUCUAUUAUAAAGCUGGGAUUCAUUUAAGAUUAAAAUUUACUUCUUCCUCCUCAGCCCUUCCUUUUUAUGAUAACUCAUAUAAAAACUGACUUUUUAGCCAUGGACAUUGUCUAGACACAUUUAGAAUGUAGGUCAAGAAAAUGAGUAAUAUUAAUUUUGCUACAUCAAGAGGGAUCUCCACAGAGUAUUUGGGCUCCAGAUUCUAGCUAGUGCCAAGAGGCCAUAAUACAUAACCUGUGCAUUUAUGGACAGAAGUAUAUUUAGUAUUUUUACACUUUGUGACUUAAAUGUUUCAUUCUCAAGCCAUUAAUUGGAAAAGGAAUGUUUUGACUUUUGAAGGGGAAGUGGUAGGUCAGUGCUUUUACUGAAAGAAGACUGUAUAUUUUAGAGGUGCUACUUUGUAUUUGUUUAAUUAGAAUGUCACUUCCAUAGAAUUUUAGCUUUGUGUUGAAGUCCAUUUACUAUCCAGAUGUUGAGGACAGAUGACUAUUAGGAUUGUAGGGAUACACUGACCACACACAGUUGUAUGUCUGUACAUUGAUCAAUACUACAUAAGGAUUCAGUCAGUGGACCAAAAUAACACAGUUUUCUAACUACUGAUAAAAACUAAAAUCCAACAGAUACACAAUGGCCAUUCAGACUGAGAUUAUGGAUGAGAUCAGGGUUAACGUUUCCUUGAUUUAGUGAAAAUUCCAGAAGUAUAAGAGCAUUUUUUCUCUCUGUAUGGAUAUCACAUGGAACCUGCAUAGUUUUACUAAGGUACAGACCUGGUUUUGCUUUCUGUAUUCUAAGAGUGCCUUGAUUCUUGCAAGAAAUGCUUAUCUGAGAUUAAAAUGGUGCUUGGGUUUUGUCUUAAAUUACUGCCACCAGUCUCUUCUCUGGCCUUUAGUACCCUUCUUGAAACCUGUCCCUUGUUGCAUACAGGGAUGGAGCUGAGGGAAUGUUGGAUUUUCAAAAUCACCUUGGAUUGGGGUGGAAGGGUAGACAGCUGGAGUGACUCCAGUAUCAUAGAGAAAUUUUCAUUCCUCAGUUCUCCAAGCAAUGAAAAAAAUCUGUGUAGGUCAUCAGUUCCUUUCCCACCCCACUGCCUCCUAAUCUUACCUUUUUUGCCUUCCCCAUCCUGUUUAUGGAGAGCAGUAGAUACGAUUAUUUCAUCUUGCUCCAUUUUUCCCCAUACUACAUGGGUCUAACAGUUCUUUUGAUCUUUAAUAGCUCGGAUCUGCAGGGUAAAGUGCGGUGAAGAAAAUAAGAUGGGGAAGGGGAGCAAAAAUGAGGGAGUUGCAAUUAAAAAUUCUGCUUAAAAAUGUCUGGCCUCUGACUUGGACCAUAUUAGAUUCUGUUAGCGAUGCUGAAGUAAGAGACUCUUGUUUCCUUAGCCUCUAUACUUCCCAAUUCUGUGCAUAUUAUAAGUGAUGUAAAAACUCUUAUUCAUAGAUUCAUAGAUGUUAGGGUUGGAAGGGACCUCAAUAGAUCAUCGAGUCCGACCCCCUGCAUAAGCAGGAAAGAGUGCUGGGUCUAGAUGACCCCAGCUAGAUGCUCAUCUAACCUCCUCUUGAAGACCCCCAGGGUAGGGGAGAGCACCACCUCCCUCGGGAGCCCAUUCCAGACCUUGGCCACUUGAACUGUGAAGAAGUUCUUCCUAAUGUCCAAUCUAAAUCUGCUUUCUGCUAGCUUGUGGCCAUUGUUUCUUGUAACCCCCGGGGGCGCCUUGGUGAAUAAAAUCUCACCAAUUCCCUUCUGUGCCCCUGUGAUGAACUUAUAGGCAGCCACAAGGUCGCCUCUCAACCUUCUCUUGCAGAGGCUGAAAAGGUCCAGUUUCUCUAGUCUGUCCUCAUAGGGCUUGGUCUGCAGGCCCUUGACCAUACGAGUUGCCCUUCUCUGGACCCUCUCCAGGUUUUCCGCAUCCUUCUUGAAGUGUGGCGCCCAGAAUUGCACGCAGUACUCCAACUACUCUUUUAGGGGGUUGUUUUCUUUAUAUAUUAAGCAGGGCUGAAUAAAGGGCUAGCUGGUGCACAUUCCAUUGAGUUCAACAGAAAAUUCCUAAAUUUCUGUCUGAGACCCAUUCAAGUUCAAUAUUACAGUUUAUAUCAGCAUUGUUCUCAUUAUCAUAGCAAUGCCUAUCAUAUGUCUGAAACAUGUCUUAUCAACACCUGUAGAGUUUAGCUAAGGACAGACAUUAAGAAGCCUGAGCCUGAAUUGAUUCAGUCUUUGCAGGUUAGUCUAACCUGGCUAGGCUGAACUGGUUUGUAACUGGACAGACAUUCUCUCUGGACUGAGGAAAUUCAGGCACAUGCCUGCAGUAGCUCAGGCUAGAAGCUGGGGGUGGGGUGGGGAGGGGGGUGCUAGAGCAGGCCUCCCUUCCCUUACACAUUGCUGAGUUGAGGGGGGCAUGGCCAGGACCAGGCAGGACCUCUGAUUAGGGAGGUCUGCCUGCACCAUUCAGGCUUUCCCCACCUGGCUAUUCAAGGGGCAGGAGUGUUGUCAGACUUCAGCCCCUGGGUAGCACUCUGAGGCAAGGAGGGCUGUGUGCAGUGCAUGAAUCUGUUGAUGAUAUGGAGCUUUUCAAUCUCCCUCCCUGCUUCUUUAUACUGUCUGCAGCAAACGAACAGGUGAGCAAGCCAGCAGGGGGCUGAUAAGUGAUUAUCACCUCAUCGUCAAAACAAUAGCCUCUCUCCAUUAGUUCAAACUCUUCUUAAACAUCUUACCAGCUGACCUGUUGAUUAGCUCCAAAAAGCCCCAAGUGGUCACUGUUCUGUCUGCCUGUCCCAGUGAAAUUGGAGAGAGACAAACACACAGGCACCUCUCAGCAUUAGGAAGCAUAUCAUGUGCCUAUGGUCUGUGGGGCUGGAGUCUGUGCUGUGGGACAUGGAAGGAGGGGAUUCCUGAUUAAGCAGUGAGGGGGGAGGUAGGGCAGGGGGAAGCCAGUCAGACCCUGCUGUACCUGCAGUCUCUACCGGAGCUCCAGCCAGGGAGCAGAGGGGAGGGGCCAGCCCUGCUGUGGAGCAGAGAGCCCUGAGCAGCCUAGAGAGCAUGCUGGGAUGCUGGGGGUGUCUGGUUUAUCUGAAACCAGCAAGGGGUCUGGGACAGACAUUGCAUAACUUGGUUUGAGCCAAAUCAGUUAAGUCUGAUACUACAUUCAACCAAGUUUAUUUCAAACUGGUUUUGGCCAUUUUCAAAGUGGGUUAUGUGCACUGAACAUCUGUUCUGUUACAGGUUUAAACCAGUUUCUGAUCACUUAAAUUGGUUCAUGUGUAUUGUCUUUCUCUAGCCUUUGUCAGUGAAAUGCCUGGCCCUGCUUAUAGACAGCACUGGAAAGGUACAGGAAGAUCUGCUUGGCUUUACCCUAGCUAGCCUGUGGGUGUCCCUUUCAUUCCAUAGAAUUACAGCCACCAACACAUUUUUUAAGGCUGUAAAUUGGAUAGUUUUAAGCAGUGAAGUCUGGGAAUGACAGUUCAAGGAACACAUUUUGUCUAGAUAGUUUAGUCCAUGAGUUAGAAUCCUCUUUUCUCAGAAAGAGUCACCCACUUAAUCACUUGUCAGGCUCAAUAAGAAAUAAGUUAAUAGAAUUGUAUUUGAUCCUAAUAGGGCCAGGCAGUGAUGCAGUAUGUUUCAAGUUGUAGGUACGUCCUAGGCUCAUUGGGAUUUGGUGAAUUACCUGGUGUCCUUUCUCUGAAAUGGAAUGCGUACCUGGCUAGAGCCAGAAAAUAUCCAAACUAAUACCUAGCAUCACUCUCUAGGACCUGUGCCUUCAGCAUGUGGUAAAAUAUCCCAUGUGGGUAUGCAUACAUAUGUGCAGAUAGUGACCAAAUAAAUGAUUCGCAGAUGCAUUUUAAAUAAAGUAACGGGGUAUUAAAAUAUGGCAAUUAUUCUGUACGAGGCAAGAACAGAACCUACAGUGUCUUUCUCUAAACUGUAUCAGUCUCUUUUUGGCUUUAGAGCCAUCUACGUUCCUUUGCUAAAUGUGUGUGUAACUCCAUGUGUUGAAUAUUCUCCCCCCCUACAGCCUCCCCCCCCAAAUUUCUCUACAUGCACUGUUCAUCAGAAGGUUUCCCUCUCUUCCCCCUCUUCCCCCCCCCCCCCCCCAGGCAUUUACACUGCAGAUGCAUCUCGGUGUAAAGAACCUGUUUACCUUUAGAAUCAAGCAAACAAUUAUUACAAUGAAAAAUAGAUUUUGUGCUUUCAUAGACAUUAUAUGUAUGUAGUUAUGUAAAACUGAGUAUGUUAUGCUUCUCAUUUCUUGCAAAUAAAUAUUUUCCUUAGAAAAAAUUAAAACUCCUCUUUCUGCCUCCCUAUUUAUUUUAAUCUGGGCUCUUGUAUGUUGAAAGUACAGGACCAUGUGCUAUACAUCUGACUUUUUUUAAACCUGAUUAUCUAAUAUGUCACUCAACUGAGAGAAGAGAUUAAAAGCAAUGGGGGGUGUGUGUGUGUGUGUGUGUGUGUGUGUGUGUUACAGUAGCUGUCUACCUCUUUUUCUACUAAGAUUGCUGAAACUGGAGAAUCAUUUGUUAAUCAUGAUGGGGGUUGAGAAGGGGUUAGUAGCAUUUCAUAAUAUUAAUAACUUUGUUAUGCAAUAUAGCUACAUAAAAACUAUGUUAAUUUAUAGAAAGGAGGUUCCAGUAAUGUUUAAGGUACCUUGGCUGUGAGGGGCAAAUCCUCAGCUGGUGUAAGUUGACCGCAACUUAACUGGCAUGCAUUCAGUUCACACUUGCUGUUGGUCUGUCCUGUUUGUUCAGUGCUUUGUGAUGGUGAAGGCUCCCAAUCACCGCUUAUGCACUGUCUUGACAUAUACUGCAUUAAGUGAGUAGGUGGAUGAAGAAGUUCCACCUCUUGAUUUAACGGAGCCAUUGUAGGACAGGGCAUGUACCACAUCAUCCUUUUCCAAAAGAACUGAAUGAAAUUGCUGGUAAGUCAGUGUACAUGGGUACUAUCUUUGACCUUUAUUCUGCUUCCAGUAGUCCUACCCAGUUCAAAUUCAACCUCUCCUGACAGAGAUUAUAUUUACAGGAAUAAUUGCCUUUUGGUGCUCCACUUAAAAAUGUUCACUAUCAUUUUCAAGUUACAGCUGUCUUGUUUCUGUUCUGCAGGAUAUAUAAGUUGUUCUUGUGUGAUGGAAGGGUAAGAACAUUCAUUGCAUAUGGCCAAGUCCGUGUCCUCCAUCCUCCGUCCCACUCCCCUCCCCGUGAUGAUGUUGGCAGUCUAGGGUGUUUAGAAACUGAAGGACAUCAUUCAGUUAUGAAGCUAUCACUUGCAGAGGUUGUUUUGUCACUAGUGCAGUUUAUUAAUGCCAAAUAAGGUCAGGAUCCCACUGGGCUGAGUGUGCUGUACGUACUGAUAUACGUUGUGCAAUCUAAACAGCCAAGAGAAAGGCUAGAAGAAUAGAGGUAAUAUUUAUUCCCAAUUUAGACAUGAGAAGCUGGCAUGAUGUGUUACCUAUGGACACCCAACAUGAUACACUGUAAAGGGACCUGGUUUUUAGAUGAUAGGAGCUUCACACCCUGAAAAUGAGAACAUCUUAAACUGUAUCAUGCUGGGUAACUACAAUAACCAGAUCUUUCUGAAAAUAUUCUCCAGGCUAGAGAGGUUAAGUGACCCGCCCAAGGUCAUGCAAGAAGGCUGUGGCAAAAGUGGGAAUAGAGCCUAGGUCUCCUGAGUCCCAAUUUGCAUUGGGUACCCUGCCUGAUGAAAUGGGAGUACAAAAUCUGAUUGAUAUGUUUUCCUUCCCCCUACACUUAUGUUCCAUUUGCAUGUAAUUGUGUAGCAGAAUAAUUUCUUGAUGAAGGAUCUGUGACAGCAACUGCUCCAUUGCCCCAGAUUGUGAAGCACAGGGAUGUUGUUGCUGCCCAGAAGCACUUCAUUGAACAACCUGGCAGCUGCAGCAAAGGAUUAAGGAGCUCUUACUAAAGUAGCUUUCAGUCAAUUGCCAGGACAGCAGAUGAGUUAUAGGAUCCCAAUUAAAAUUUGGAUGUAGGUCUGCCUAAUUGGCUUGUGCACCUGAAUGGUAGUUUGGUUAGUCUUCCCUGGGAAGGAGGGAACAGAGGUUGUAGUGUGUCCUUGUCAGAGUUCUUAGAAUUAAUUCAGUUAAGCUGGGGGCCUCCACUACAGAAAGGAUGUGGACAAAUUGGAGAGAGCCCAGUGGAGGGCAACAAAAAUGGUGAGGGGCUGGGGCACACGACUUUCGAAGAAAGAUUGAGGGAACUGGGCUAAUUUAGUUUGGAGAAGAGGAGACUGAGAGGGGACUUAGUAACAGCCUUCAACAACCUGAAGCGGGAUUUGAAAGACGAUGGAGCUAGACUGUUCUCAGUGGUGGCAGAUGACAGAAUAAGUAACAAUGGUCUCAAGCUGCAGCAAGGGAAGUUCAGGUUAGAUAUUAGGAAGAAUUUUCUCACUAGGAGGGUAGUAAAACAGAACAGGUUACCCAAGGAGGUGGAGGAAGCUCCAUCCUUAGAGGUUUUCAAAACCUGGCUAGACAAAGCUUUGGCUGGGGUGAUCUAGUUGGGGAUGGUCCUGCUUUGAGCAGGGGGUUGGACUAGAUGACCUCCUGAGGUCCCUUCCACUCCUAAUUUUCUAUGGUUCUUUAUAACUUUUGGUGAGAUUUGAUCAUUAUGGUGCCCCAUGACCAGUGGUGUCCCCCAAGGGUCUGUCCUUGGACCGGUUCUGUUUAACAUCUUUAUCAACAAUGUGGACAUUGGUGUCAGAAGCGCACUGGCUAAGUUUGCUGAUUACACUAAACUUUGGGGCAUAGCAUCCACACCUGAGAACAGGCUAACGAUCCAGGCUGACUUGGAUAAACUUAGUAAGUGGGCGGAUACAAAACUGAUGAUGUUCAAUACUGAUAAAUGUAAGGUACUCCACCUUGGGGGGGACCCACAGCAUGCUUAUAGGUUUGGCAGUGCUAUGCUUGCUAGCACCAUGGCUGAAAGAGACUUGGGGAUCAUGAUUGACCACAAGAUGAACCUGAGCCACCAAUGUGAUGUUGCAGCUGGCAAAGCAAACAAAACUCUGGCUUGCAUCUAUAGAUGCUUCUCAAGUAAAUCUUAGGAUGUCAUCCUCCUGCUGUACUCAGCCUUGGUGAGGCUGUAGCUGGUGUACUGCAUCCAAUUCUGGGCUCCGCAAUUCAAGAAGGAUGUUGAAGCUUGAGAGUCCAGAGGAGAGCCACAUGCAUGAUCGGAGGGCAAAAGAAUAGGCCUUAUGAUAAGAGGUUGAGAGCCAUGGGACUCUUCAGCCUGGACAAGUGCAGGCUCAGGGAGGACCUGGUGGCUGUUUAUAAGUACAUAAGGGGUGUGCGUCAGGAUCUGGGAGAACAUCUGUUCACAAGAGUGCCCCAAGGAAAAACAAGAACCAAUAGUCAUAAACUGCUCCAAGACUGUUUUAGGGUGGACAUAAGGAAAAAUUUCUUUACUGUCCGAGCCCCCAAAGCCUGGAAUAGACUCCCUCCAGAAGUGGUGCAGGCACCUACUCGACUCAUUUAAGAAACGUUUGGAUGUUUAUCUUGCUGGCAUCCUUUGACCCUAGCUGACUUCCUGCCCCUGGAGCAGGGGGCUGGACUUGAUGAUCUUUGAGAUCCCUUCCAGCCCUAAUGUCUAUGAAGUCUGUGGUUACAUCAGAUACCCACACAGGUUGACUCGCAAGUGAGGUUAAGUUCACACCUUGUCACUUUUUCCAGUACAAGCUGUCCUUUGUAAAACAUAUUGUUGUCUUUCUUGGGCCCUUAUUCUGCUUGCCUUAUUCAUACUGAAUGACACUUUUCUCCCUGAUUAGUCCCACUGAAGUUGAUAAGGGCAGAUGUUUGAAUUUGGCUUUGAACACUAAUGACAUCAUUGUUUGGUUUAUGAGGCUUAUCCUUUGCUGUUAUGUCUUGCCACAAAUACUGUGAAGCAGAGAUCCUUCCCCAGUUGCUUAGAUUGUACAAUGUUGCACUGUAGUCUGAUCCCUUUUGAAAAAUAUAGAGUGUGUCAACUUAAAGUUCAUGCAUCGUGAACAUAUGCAUCCAUCUUCUGUCAUGAACCAGGCUGUUCGGAUGGUGGCAUGGCCUAGUGAACUGAACACUGCUGAACUGGGACUCAGGGGACUAGCUUCCAUUUCCAGCUCUGCUACUGAUCUGUUUGUUGACUUUGCAAUCACUUUGCUUCCAUGUAAAAUUAGGAUAAUGAUACCUACCUCCUGGGGAAAAGUGCUAUAAAAGAGCUAGGCAUGAUUAGAAACGAAAACAUUUGCAAAGCUAUUGAUUAUGUUCUUUGUUUAUAUACUGCAUUCCUCUUAUCCUGAAUUUUGAAAAGUCAGGUUAAUUAAUCAGUUUAAUGUUAAGCUUCUUAGUGCUGUUGUCUGUGGGUUUCCAAUACUGCAGAGGAUAUCAAUCUUUUUAAAAGUUUUAUGAAUUUAAGUUGCAAAAUGGUUUUUAUUAGUAUACAUUUUAUAUUUAAGUAUGUAACAAAUUAUUAUGUAAAGUUAGUUUUUAAAAGCAUGUGUUUCGUACAAGGCAAAAAUAUUCAUGUUUUAAUCUUGCAGAUAUGACUUUUUCCCCAAUAAAUCUUUUUUAUAUUUC